AAUUUCAGUAUGGCGAAUACUGAUAAGAGUCAAGUAUUGAAACCCCUAUUGCUUGGCCUGACGAUGAUAGUUACUGGAUCGGUUAAUACUAUCGCUGCAAAGUGGGCUGAUAGCAUGAAAGUAGACACCAAACAUUUCAAUCAUCCGUUCGUUCAGGGAAUCUGCAUGUUUAUCGGUGAAUUGUCAUGUUUAUUUGUCUACAUCAUUGCACGUUACAUUCAAAAUCACCGUGUUCAGACGUCGCCAUAUAGUGAUGAAGGAAGUGGAAACGGCAUACCGUCUCAUAUUUCAGAACAAAGUUUUCUGAAGUUUAAUCCUUGGGUGUUUGCUGUACCAGCAUUUUGUGAUGUUCUUGCAACUUCGAUAAUGUAUAUUGGUUUAAACCUUACGCAAGCUUCAUCAUUCCAAAUGUUAAGAGGCGCUGUCAUAAUAUUCACUGGUCUGUUUUCGGUUGCUUUCUUAGGAUCAUAUCUACAAGGUUUUCGUUGGUUAGGUAUGGGCUUUAUUACUCUUGGUCUCAUUAUCGUCGGAGUGAGUGAUAUUAUCUUCGAUGAAAACUCUAAACGUGAUGUCAAUGGAAUUAUUACAGGCGAUUUGCUAAUCAUUAUUGCUCAGAUUAUAGUAGCGAUUCAGAUGAUCGUUGAACAAAAAAUCGUUACUGAAUUUGAUGCACCACCUUUACUUGUUGUUGGUUUGGAAGGUCUCUUCGGCUUAGCGAUUUUGACAUUUUUACUGUUCCCAAUGUAUUACAUAAAAGUUCCAUUCAUUUUUUCCACAAAUCCUUAUCAUCGACUGGAGGAUAUAUUCGAUGCAUUUCGAGAAAUGAAAAGUAAUCCGUGGAUUGGAUGUGCGUUGCUGCUUACUAUGAUUAGCAUUGCAUUUUUCAAUUUUACUGGUAUUUCUGUCACUAAGCAAUUGUCAGCAACGACAAGGAUGGUGCUUGACAGCGUUCGAAUUCUGUUAAUUUGGCUGGUAUCAAUUCCACUUUUUGGUGAACAUUUCAUUCCUCUGCAGCUACUCGGGUUUGCACUGCUCAUUCUUGGAAUGCUUGUUUAUAAUGACAUUUUUUUUGGACCUUACUUACGCCAAAAAAUAUUGCCUCUUGUCAGGAAUAAUCAUUUGGCCGGUUGCUGUAUGUCAUUUUGGGAAGUCGACUUGGUUACUGCUGGUUGUAGUCCACUAGUUGAAGAUAGUAACGAAUAAUGAAGCGGCC